AUGAUUAAAGGAAUAUCAAAAAUUCUAAAGCAAUAGGGUUUUUUUUCACUAUAGUUGUUAAAUAAGGUAGGAGUUGAAUAUUAGCAGAGGACUUUCUUAUUGAUUUAAGCUGAAUUGCAUAAGAAAUAGAAGUAUUGCUUUGCAAGGCUUAAUAAAUAAAACAAGCAUUUUAAUAAAUAGCAAUAAAAACUAGAAGAUUUAGAUGAUGACUGUUAAGAUUAAAUUUAAAGCGAGAAUUAGCAAUAGAAUACUGAAAAUGAGCAACAUUUUGAAUUAUCAGCAGAGACUUUUGAUAAAAUAUUAUAUGCAAUUAAAGAGAAAGGGGAUAGCUUGAUUGAUGCAGUACGUUAAAGUGAUUUAAAAGAUAAAAUAGAAAACAAUGAAAUCAAAGAUAAGAAUGCAUUCAUUAGUUGCUUAAGAGUGCUUGAAAAAUGCCAAAUUUAAGACAAUCCACUCCGCGAGAGGAUAUAUCAAUAAAUGAAAAAGCCUGAUUUAUUUGAUGCUCGUUACAGCAAUAAAGAACUUGGUGUUAUUUUCGAAUAUUUUAUGCAGAAAAGCCAAAAAAAACUUUAUUUAAUUGAAUUAGAAAGCUUCUUUUUAUAAAGAUUAGACUAAUUAGAAGAAAAUCAUAUAAGGCAAAUAGUUAAAGUUUAUAGUUAAAAUUUCAAAGGAUCUGUCGAAUUUUAUGAUGCAGUACAAGAAAAGAUUUUAAACAUAAUUGAAAACACAGCUUAAAAUAAAUUGACUUUUAGCGAUAUGAUGAAUGUUUAUUUACCAGCUUUUACAAAAGCUAACUACUUCAAUUAAAAAAUGGAGGGUUACUUUAUUAGACAAAUAGAAUAAAGGCUAUUAGCUGAAGAGUAUUAAUAGUAUUUUAAUGAAACAAUUUUACCUUAUGUUCCAAAUAUUCUUUUCUUUUUUGCUUUGCAGUUUGAAUCAACUUAAAGUAUGCAUGAUAUUCUCUUAAAGCUUAUUAAAAUUCACCAUCAAAAGGAUAGAAACCUUCCAUUACAUAUUUCUAAGCCUCUUAACAUAUUUUUGAAAGUUUACUCUUUGUUUACAAACAAAGAAAUUGAUGAUUUUUUCAUGCCUGCUUUCAGAUAUAAAAAUAUGCAUGUUUAAUCUAGUAAAGUGUAAGAGGAAAUCCAACCAUAUCUUUUGAAAUUUAUUCCUAAAAUUCACUUGAAGGAAAAUCAUCAUAUAGAUUCUUUUAAUGUGGAUUUUUUAACACAUUUAGAUGGUAAAAAAAUAGUAGUAGAAGUUAAUGGCAGAUUUCAUUAUGUGCAUAAUAGAUAUUCAGGUGUUUACUAAAUCAAGCAUACAUGUUUGGAAAAAUAAGGAUAUAUUAUUAUUGAAAUUAAAGAUUAUGAUUGGUAUGCUCUCAAAGAAAAUGAAAAGGAGUUAUAUAUUGCUAAGCUAUUAUCUCCUUUUAUUAAAAAGGCUAAUCAAUUUUUGGAUUAAUAAAAAUGA